CUGGUGCAACACUGCACGGUCAUAAGCUCCAGUUGCCCGUGAACGGCCGUCUGUCCUCUCGUCAUUUCUCACCACCAGUCGAGAGUUACCUAUCACAAUAUUCAGCAUCCCCACACAUUCGCGACAUGGGAUAGGGAGCUAUACUGUAGCUACCUUGUUGUUUAUUCUACAACUGAAUACACUCAAUAUCUACCAUAGGUCGUCUCUGUCACUCAGCUCCGACACCAGCAUCAGCUCCCGCGACCAUUACAUUUCUCCAAACUGCGCCUUCGAAUUAUUCGACAAAGAAGGAACGAACUCUCUUCAUACUGCGAACUCGAUUCCUUGUCCAAAUACCCGCGACACCAAGUUCCUUGUGCUGGCGACGGUCCACCAUUCGCAUCCCCGGACACUCACUGCCUUACUGUCUCUCCUUGUUGCGACCCAUCCAGACAAGAGUCCAGUCCAGACAGCCAUCGAACCCCAAUUCCCAGCCUGUCUGCAUUCAGUUGUCUCCUCCAAGUCUGCCCGACGACAUUCGAGUACUGCGCCAUGACGAUGUGAUGUAUCCCAAUCGCGACACCAUUCCAUGACCACGUCCUUUUUCAAUCGAGCGCACCGAUCGCAAUUCGAGCCCCAUGCGCGACACUGCCGCUGCCGCUUCCACAUCCGUCUCAGGCCGCCGCGAUUUACACAAAGGACACAUUGCGAGACAUAGACAGCCAACAUAGCUACCUAAUCCUGAGCCUUUGUCCAUGGUCCGCGGCAGAGACAAAGAUUCAACAGCCGAAGCAACGUGUGAGAAAGGAAGCGCAGCGCCGGCCAAACAAGAAACAGAUCAGGGACGGAAUCACAGUAAUAGUAACUACGACUAAUAAUCGCCAACAUGGACUUGAGAAACGUCCUCAACGACAGCAGCAGCGGCCCUGUCGCUCCUCGCGCCGCCGUGUCAACGCCUGACCGACCACCGCCGCACCAGCAGCACCAGCAGCACCAGCAGCAGCAGCCACCCCACCCGCAGUACUCCCAACAUCCUCCUCCUCCUCCUCCCCAACAUCCUCAACCACUACUCCAGCGACAACAGUCGUAUCAUCUUCAGCAGCAGCAGCAUCAGCAUCAGCAACAGCAACAGCAACAGCAACACCACCCCGCAUAUCCCCAGCCGCCCACUACACCCGGUCAGGCACCACCACACCCACAACAACAACACCAGCAGUCGUACAUAGACUAUAACCACCAGACUCGGCCCUCGCCCGUUCGCCAUAUAUCGCAAGACCCCAGCUACGGAACCCAGCGCAUGCCCCCGGCCGCGUUCGCGUCCACUUCUCCGUUCACCGGACCCCCUGCGCCCGGCCCGAGCCCCUACGCGAACCGAGCUCCGCCGCCGCCUCCGCUACAGCAAGUCUCGGCCCACGAUCCCCGCUCGCCCAGCCUUGCAUCCGGACCCGGCCCUUCGCCGUACCGUCACACGCCCACUUCGUCGAUUAGCGCUCAGAGCGGCGGUUAUCCCUUUCCUCCGUCGGCGCAGCACACGCCCACCAGCCCUGUGCAACGGCCUUAUAAUCAGUAUCCUCCCAGCAGUACAGGAGCCGCAUACCCCUCCAGGGAAGGCUAUCCUCCAACACCGGGCGGCUCCGUGGGUGUCGCAGGCCCACAACAACAACAACAACAACAACAACAACAACCACCACCACCUCCUCCACCACCAGGACCAGGACCAGGACCAGGACCGGGACCAGGACCAGGAAGCGCUGGACGUGCCCCUUAUUUGCAGGGCCCGCCAGUUAGAGUGCCCCAAACACCCCCGAUUAGCACAGCGCACAACCCGCAUUUCCAGCGAUCGCACUCGACGCAUUCGUCAUCGACGCCAACACCAACGUCGGCGCACUCGCAGGGCCCGCCAGGACAUUCGCAUUCGCAUUCGCAUUCGCACCCCCAAGUGGUGUACGGAGCUCCAUUUGGACGGGCAAGUCCUGUAACGGGGCCGCAGACAGGAGGAGGACCUCAGGGUGGCCAAUUCCUCGUGGAUCCCCAGCAGCGGCAGUCAUCCCAACCAGGGACUCCAGUUGCGGGUCCAGGUGGUGGUGGUCCAGGGCCGCUAACAGCUUCCACGGGCCCUGGAACAAUUCCUGGAACGGCACGUCCACUGCCGCCCCAGGCAACUGUUGUUAGUAGCCAGGCCCAGGCCCAGGCCCAGGCCCAAGCCCAAAACUUCAACCACUACAGCCAGCCGCCAAGCCCUUACCGGCAACAACGACUGCCUCCUUCAGGUUCCUCUGCUGCUGCGACAACGCAUCAUCAGCACCUCAACCUCAACUCUCCCCGGUCCUCUGCUCAACAGCAACAGCAACAGCACCACCACCUCCAACACCAACAAAUUAUUUCCUCUCCCCAUUCCCACCACCCUGCCCCUCCACAACCACCACCACCACCGCCGCCACCGCCGCCACCGCCGCCGCAGCAGCAGUCUCUGCCCCGACAACCCAGCGCACAAAGCAUUUACGACGCCCGCGAACGUGAACGAGAAGUAAUACGCGAAAGAAGCAUCAGCAUCAGUCCCAAAACCCGGGUCCCCAGUCUGCCAAGCAGUGCAGGUCGUCCUGCCACGGCCACCUCUGUCGUCUCGAUUCCCGAGUCAGAACCCCCCCGCCUCAACAAUCAUACCGCCGCCACCCCAAUGGCACGAUACAGGGACGAGGUCCGCGACGGUGACCUUGGCCACAAUGCCGCCGCCACCGCCGCCGUCAAGAGAAAACUCGACGACCGAGAAUUGAGGCCAGACGAACUCGAGAGGCGAGACGUUCGUCCCCCACCAUUCGACAACAACAGAGCCCGUCCGAGCCACACUCCCAACAAAUCAGUCAAGAGGCGAGCAUACGAUGGCCCGCCUCCCUGGGCACAGCAGGCCACCCGCGGCACCACACUGAAGGAGCCCAACUUUGUCCUCUACAAGCCUGUCCACGCUCCAGGCCAAGGCCCCGUACAGCUCAACGGCCAUAGCCGUCAUGCCUCGCCCGAAGAAAAGCGUCCCGUGCCUCGAGCACAUGAACCGACUCCCCGUGCACACGAGAUUCGACACAGCGAACGAUCCGCGACCCCGGGCACACAGGGUCCUCCCCCCGAAGCCCAGGCCAAAUGGGGCCCUCUUGGCCCAUGGGAGCCCACUCUUACGGGUGACGUACCCCAAGACACCAUGGCCAAGGUCAUGGCCGACUUUUUCUUUCACUAUAUCGUAUUGAACGAAAAUAUGGGCGAGAUCCAAAGCCGAGGCAUCCAGUUCGAGAUCGAGGCCAAAUUUGGAGAAUUGAUCGAUCGUAACACCAACCAAAGGAUCGACCUUGGAGUGCUGUCCCCUGCGAUACUCAAAGAAGACGAUUAUGUCUAUCCAUUCCGGAGCAUCAUGACCGAGGCACAACACCGAUCCUAUAACGAGUUCCUUAAUCACCAGGUCGUCGUCUCCAAAAACCCAAAGUCCAACAUUGGUCGUGAGCGUCCUCGAGUUCCCAUAUCGUAUGAACACAAGUACGAGAUCGACCGGUUUUAUGCGAUACCUCCUCAGAUCCGUGACAAGCACCUACCCGUCACUGUCGCCAACCUUCUCGCAUCCAAAGGGCGUGACGCCAAGGUCCGCGUUUCCUACAAAGAAAAUAAGGACGGCAGCAGGGAGCAGAUUGCCAAGAUUGUCAAGGCCCGUCUAAAAGACCUUAGCAUCCAUUUCCCGGAACACCGCCUGGAUUGCCGCAUCAGCAUCAACCUCGAAAUGCCGUGGGAGGGCCCUCUUGAGGAGCUAGAGGCAUAUGCGACCAGUGCCAACAAGGGACAGUCUCCGGACCGCCGUAAGAAUCGACUGAGCUAUGGCCAUUGUAGCUAUCAGUUUGAUUUGACGCAGGUGGUGGAGAAUGUUAGCGGCCGAGACGAAAAGAAGCACGAACUGGAGAUCGAACUCGACCCCAAGGCAGUCCUAGACCAAGGCCGUAGGGCAAGAGAGGGUCAGCCCAACCAGUACUUUGAUUUGGUGGAAGGGUUCCUGAACAACAUCAGGAUCAUGGCCAAGAUGUGCGCCUAAACUGUGCCAUUUUGUACUCAUCCUAUUACUUUCAACGCUACCGCACCCAUGUACGCAGCAAAUGUUGCCCUAUCGCAGAGAAGGUUGGAGUGAGUUCCCUUUUUGUUGCUCACACAAUGGCGGUUCAUUUCUUUCACUGUCAGGCAGGAAUAUCACCAGGCCGCUGCUUUUGAGCUGUGGUGCAGUUCUACUUGAAGGGCGCAAAGGAGGUUAUUGUGAACAGGAUUGACCAGAUGUAUGAGCCAAGCAGCCUGAAGACUUUUUUUGGGACUCUGCGGAAGCAUGAAUAUCUAGAGGCAGAGGUCGAGACGAAGGGAAAGCAUGUCAUCAUCAUAUGUGUUAUAUAUGGGUGGGAAAAUGUCGCUUUAGCAUUAGCUAUGGAGUUUUGGUGGCCACUUGUUUUUUUCCCAGUUUACAGCUAGGUCGAGUGGACAGCAAGUUAUUGAUUGGGAGUUUUCGGUUUCAAACGGUGAAAGAGGAGUGAUAGGUAUUGUUGCAGAACGCAUGCUGAUUGUUUAUCUACAUCUCGAGAUUCGUUUCAAGAGUAGGUCAGGUACCUACAAGUAAGGUCUCGUUGGACGGCUGUGGUAUGGACGGAGCAAUAAUGAUGAUUUGUUCAGACAUCAUCAUGUGGUCAAUUAUCUCCUAGGUAACUAUCCGUUAGGAACAGAACUUAAGUGCUGCCAAAUGUUCAUUUGUU